AUGCCUUCAGCCUCCAAUCUACGCCAUUCCCAAACAGCGCGGCCACCGUCGCCUCAUACUCCUCAGCAGCAACCGCGAUCGGGUAAUGCGUCGUUCGCCAGCUCCACGUCGCCAGGCUCGUCUUUCCGAAACGAAGAUGACGCGAUAAUUCUCGAAAUAGGCACCCGUUGGAUCCGGGCCGGAUUUGAGGGAAAUGCUAGUCCAGCGUGCAUCGUGGGUUUUGGGCCCGAAGAAAUGCGACGUGUUGGAGACUACCGGGGUUGGAUUCAGGGAGCUUCGGGCGUUGGACCGCUACCACGACCUGUCGAUGCGGAGGAUUGGGUACGAGAUUACGAGCUAUGGAGGCACGAUCUACGCGACAUUGACCUUGGUCUGGUCGAGGACAAAAUUGAGCGCGCUUUGCGCGAGACCUACAACCAGCACCUGUUGACCGACGCAGGCACCUCUCGUCUCGUCCUGGCCCUUCCAUCGCUAUUGCCGCACCCGUUACUAUCCUCUUUGCUUUCCACCUUGUUCAGUCGCUGGCGAUUUCCCACCAUUACCCUACUAUCAAGCGCAACCAUGUCUGCAACCGCGGCAGGACUGCGGUCUGCCCUGGUCGUGGACAUUGGCUGGGCCGAGACCACCACAACAGCCAUCUACGAGUAUCGGGAGGUCAGAACAAAGCGAAGUACAAGGGCCAUGAAGCUUCUCAUGCAGGAAAUGGGCCGGAUCUUGUCUGCCCUGGGCUAUGACAGCGCCCCAGAGGAAGCUGUUAAAGACGAGAUUUCUGUGGGAUUCACGUAUUGCGAGGAGGUCACUACUCGGUUCGCUUGGUGCAACCCACAGGUAGAGGCCGGCGAAGCAAUGACUGACCUAAACCGAAUUAUUUCAAUUCCCUCCCCGAGCAGUCCGGACAAAGAGUUUUGUGACAUUUCAUUUGCCCAACUUUCAAAGCCUGUUGAGAAGGUCAUGUUUGCGCCAGGAGUAGCUGAGUGUGAAUUGGACGACGAGGAGAAGUCGAUACCUUUGCUUAUCUACAACACCCUUCUCACUCUGCCUCCCGACGCCCGAGGUACAUGCAUGUCACGCAUCGUGUUUGUGGGCGGCGGCUCUCGAAUUCCAGGAUUACGACGACGCAUCCUCAAGGAAGUGUCAUUGCUGAUCGACCAACAUGGCUGGAGUCCAAUCCGAGGCAAAGUCCUGGAACGUCAAGGAGAGCGACUGGAACAAUUAAAGAUCUCAUCUCAAGCCAACGGAGAGGCGCAGCCGACCAACAAGAGCUUUACGCCUUCCCCCGAUGAAGAAGAGAAGCCGGAUCCGUCUCGAGAAGAACCAGAACUCGAUUUUGUUGAACAGAAACUUCGCCGCCAAAACAAAGAAACACCUGUCCCCGUUCAGGGCGUUCUUCGAGAGAUCGAAUCCCUCGGUGCAUGGGCUGGUGCCAGUUUAGUGACCAGCUUGAAAAUUCGAGGAAUGGUUGAGAUUGAGCGAGAGAAAUUCCUGCAGCACGGGCUGGCUGGGGCGACUCGAGAGUCAGAGCCACCUGUUACUGAUCGCCGAUCGGGUCUGAGAGCUGGUGACCGAUCCAGCUGGACCCUGGCUGGCUGGGCAUGA